UUGACUCAGCUUUCCAUCCUUCCAAGAACUUCAAGCAGCCUAGAGUGUAACACAUCUGGAGAACAUCAGCCUUCAGCCAUGAAGACCCUUUUCCUUUUGUUUGCUGCUCUCUUGUUCUUCAGUCAAAUUAUUCCAGGAAAUUCUCAGCCUGCCCCUGAUACCUUAGUAUGCAGGAGGAGUCAUCAUGGAUUCUGUAAAUAUAACUGCCCUGGGGAGACUUUACCUACUGGAGGGACAUGUCAGUCGGGAAGACUGGUUUGCUGUAAAUCUCCUUGGAAUCAGAGAAGGUGGUAAUCAACUCAGCCAUAGACAAAGCAAGACUUCUGGAUUCUAGAGAAAUACAUGCUGACAUUGGAAAUUGGUGGCUUCAGCUUCAAAGUCAAGAAUAAAGAGUUAUUUGUUUGGACUACAAAACAGACAUAAUGUUCUGCAAAUAAAUUCACACUCCUGUCCACCCUUUCCUCUCCUUUUACAUUUAUUCAUUUUUUUGACUUAAGGGGAAGUUUCAGAAACGAUUAAAUAAAUCAGUUAGAGUUCUCUGCAUAGAAAUUUGGAAAUAAAAGUUAAUCCCAAAUUAAGAAAUAAUAGGUAAAUUUUAGAAAUAGGCUGUAAUGUCAAAAGAUAACAGAUUAUGGAUAUUUUAAACAAAG